AUGGCGGCGCUCGUUGCUGUGGUAGUGGUGGAAAAGGGUUAUACUAUCGAGUUCGGACAGAUUUCCUGCAAUUCCAUCAUUCUGCUCGAAUGGAUAGUUCCGGCAGAAACGUGGAUCCGCGGAGCAUUCGUCGAUGAAGAAGAGCAACCGUUCCUGGGUUCGAAUGAUGUCGCAGAGAUUCGUCUCACGCCUGCCUGGGAGAGCAGGAAUCUGCCACCCGAGCAACUUAAUUUUCAGGAUGUUUCCCCACCGGAUGAAUCUGAGUACGGCAAAGAGCCGCCUGAUCGGAUGAACUUGGUUUACCUGACGAUGGUUCUACAUGGAGUUGGAACCCUGAUGUCAUGGAAUAUGUUCAUCACGGCCACAGACUAUUUCACGGAUUACAAAAUGUCCGAAGAGUACACUGGUCAAAAAUCCGAAUACCGAUCCAACUUCUUGUCGUAUGUCGGCCAAGCUUCCCAGUUCCCAAAUUUGAUAUUUGCCUGGGUCAAUGCCUUCAUACAUGUUGGAGGCGAUUUCACGCGACGGAUCGUGAUAAGCUUGUCCGUCUGCGUGGUGGUCUUCGUUCUGACCGUGGCUUUAGCAAUGGUUGAUUCGUCUGGUUGGCCUGGGGUUUUCUUCUGGCUCACAAUGAUCACCGUCGUUUUUCUAAACAUGGCGAAUGGAAUUUACCAGACGACAGUUUACGGAAUCGCCGCGAAGUUGCCACCUAAGUACUCGGGAGCAGUUGUCCUUGGAUCAAAUGUCAGCGGAACAUUCACCGCCAUCAUCAGCAUCGUAUCCAAAGCCAUGUCUCCUAACCUCCGCACUGCAGCCAUUUAUUACUUCAUCACAGCUUUGUUCGUGCUACUCGCUUGUUUCGACACUUACUUCGCUUUACCGCUUUCGAGGUUUUAUCGGUAUCAUACAAGGCUGCAUGAUAUGCCCAGGAAACGGAAUUCGAAUAAGAUUGCAGGUCCCUUCGGUGAAGACGCCGGAACAGAAGUCGUUCGGUCCAGUUUGCCGAAAACGAAAGCGCAAAUUUACUGGCAUGUGUUCAAGCGAUGUUUCCCGCAGUGCUUCAAUGUGUUCCUCACACUUUUCGUAUCGUUGGCUGUGUUCCCUGCCGUACAAGCGAAUAUCAAGAUGUCAGACCCGUCUUUCAUCAUUCCAGAAGCAUAUUACACUCUGGUGCUCUGCUUUCUCACGUUCAACCUUUUCGCAACGUUUGGUAAUCUAUUACCUAACUUGAUCGUUUGGCCUGGUCCCAGAUGGCUGUGGGUGCCGGUGGUGCUUCGAUUGGCUUUUAUCCCAGCCUUUUUGCUAUGCCGUUACCAGCCAGUGGAUGUCGAAAGGAUUACUCCUAUUUAUAUUGAAAAUGACUGGAUUUACUGGGCCAUUGGUGCUGGACUAGGACUCACUUCGGGUUAUUAUUCGUCCCUCGCCAUGAUGUUCGGGCCCGCGUCCGUGGAGGAGGAGUAUGCUUCCAUUGCCGGGAUGUUUUGUGCGGCGUCACUAGUAACAGGGGUCUUCGCCGGCGUCAAUUUUUCGCUCUUCUCGUGGUGGUUCGUGCAGAACGUGACGUGGGUCCUGUGAUUAAAUUGUCGCGCAAGCUGAGGCAGGAUUUAGUUGGUGACAUUGUCGGGAUUCACUGUAACUGUCCGAGUAACAGCAGCUGUUGAAACUGUUAGGGUAAGGUUAUAGAACUUGAACCCGGUGGAGAAACUCGUAUCCGUCGAAUGUACUCAAUUCAGAUGUAAACCAGUUUUCAUACCUAUCAUUUGAAUGCGUCUCCCGUCGAAGAUUUUCUCGGUUUUGCUUCCUUGCUGCUGAAAACGUUAUAUCCCUUCUCGUAAUGGUUUAGGACAACUUCUCGAGCGUCAUACUGGGCUGCUAAUCUAUUUUUUUUGCUUCGCUGCUUCUGUAUCGGUUACGUCUAAUUUACUUGCCGCAUUUAUUUGAACGAUAUGAGAUUAAUUGAGGUCUGGAAGCAGUAUGUGAUGUAUCCAUUUGUACCCCGUGAUGAAGGGGAUGGGCUUGAGAGUGGGUAGACUCAGGGAGGCGAGAUUUCAUAGAAGUCUCUGGCAACGAAUCUCUUGUGUAAGCAGAUCGUUCCGUUUUGGCGACCGAUUUGAGGGCAACACGGAUUCUGGUAGGACAGCUAGUGCCAUAAUUUUUUUUACAGCAUAUUUUGAAUAAUCCUAGAGUAAACUUUUCGAGAGUGUUCCAGAAACGAAGGAUUGAAUUAAUAGUCAGUAUUUCUCACUAGGAAUCAACCACGAGGCAGCCGUAGUUCCGCUAGGUUCUGCAAUUUCCUCUGUUCUGGGGAUAUUUUCAUUCUUUUCGGGGUCGUCUGCUUGUGAUACCAGUGUAACCUAUUCAGGUCUGCUGAUUGCUGUAUAUUUCUGCAUAGUGCUUUUUUCCAGACGAAGAAACAUUCUCGUGGUUCAUCGCGAUGUCGAUUUAUUCGUUGAUUUUUUUCGUUACGUUUGGCGCCGGUUGAAUAACUCGUCUUUUUCAAGGCUAAGCCGUGUGUUGUGCGAAAUUUGUUGGAAUCGAGAUUGGCUGAGGUUAUGCGUGUUCGACGAGGAUAAAAAAAAAGGUCAAUCAAUCA